AUGCUUUGGAAGUUUGGUUUUGCGUCGGGAUCGACGCUUGACAAGCUACUGUCGCGAGAGAGCCCCCCCUCCGUCGAAGAACUGUUGGACGAGCAAGAUAUCCUCGCCGAGUGCAAAGCACAGAACUCGAAACUCGUGACGUACCUCUCGAGAGACGAGAGUAUCCAGAGCCUGCUCGGAUGGGUCACAUCUGGCCUCGACGAUCUGGACACUCAGUCUGAAGAAGCAGAGAACGAGGCAUACCACAAGGCCCUGAAAGCAGAUGACAUCUUUCCCCCCUUCACGUGUACCGAGGGUCCGCUUGUGCCUGCAGGCGACGACGGCAAUGGCGACGACGACGCAGGCGACUCCCAGAUCAUGCCGCCCGGCUUAGGCAUUGGUCUCGGCCAUGGCUUUGACGCACCCGAAGAAACUGACAGCGUCGAUACACGGCGGGCAAAAUACCCGCAAAUCGCGACCGAGAUUCUCACCUCAGAGCUGUGGACGAUCCCCGAGACGAUCAUGAGCCACAAGAGUACGCUUCUCGAGCCAUUCUGGGAAGCUGUUCUGCCACCUGUGGAGAAGAAGCGUGACGUUGCUUUACAGCGUGAGCGAGAGCGCGCGCGGCUUAUCUUUUGGACCGAUGACGACGAGGACCGCGAGCGCCAGCGCGAGGUCAUCCGCGGGCUGUGGAUGCGUGUCAACGCCAGCCUUCUACAAAAGCGCACCACCGAGAUGGUGCGCUUCAUCCAGUCGUUGCCAAACAUCAUCGAGCGUAUGGUUGCCCAGAUCGAGAGCCCCGCUAUCCAGGACAUGCUCGCGCGCAUUAUCCAGACGGAGGAGGCUGGCGUGAGCGACGUCAUGACGUGGCUCAGCGAGCAGCGUCUCAUCCCCUGUCUUCUUGAGCUUCUCUCGCCAAACCACCCCCCCUCAACCCACCAGAUCGUCGCAGAUCUUCUCAAGGGCAUCAUAUCGGUGUCGGCGCCGAACUCAUCAUUUAACCCGCAGGGAGGGAAUGCGAUGGAGCAGCAGGGCGGCCUGCAGGGCGCGAUUGCGCGCGACAACCGCCUCGUUCGCGAGCUCACCAAUAAGGAGAGCAUCGGGGUCCUUGUUCACUACCUUACCGACGCAGUCGAGGUCACUGACCGGGGGUGGAAGGGGCUGGAGACCGCGGACGGGAGCAUGCACCCAUCCAAUCCCUUUGUCGUUCAUCCGCUGCCGUCCGUCGCCUCCACCGUAUCGUCACUCUGCUAUGUGUGCAACGUCAUUGUCGAGGUGAUCAGGAGGAACAACUCGGACUUGGCCGAGCCCUUCCUCUUCAACACGCUGCGCAAUCGCCUGAUGACCAUCCAGAACGAGCAGAUGCAGGUCGAUUUGGCGCCCGACGAAGUGCUCGACGACUCAACCGAGGACGCAAGUAGAAACAGGAUGGAGGAGGUCAUGCCUGAGCUCUCGGACAAGCUUGCGAUUGUCCACCUCGGCAACCUCGUCGCCGCGCUCGCCAACCGCUUUGGUGACCUGCAGAAGUUGCUCGGGGGGGAGCCGCGCUCUGGCGAUCGUGUCAAGUCGGCCCUUACACCCAAUCCGCUCACCAUGGAACGCUUCCGCGUGAUUGAGCUGUACGCCGAGCUCCUGCACAGCUCGAACAUGGCAACGCUGAACCGCGCGCCUGGCACUGGGCCAGAGUACUCGUCCGACGGGGCGUUGCUGGGUGGUCUGGACGGCUUGGACAAGCUUGGUCAGGCGCUGCAGGCAGGCGAGGAAGGUAUGGACGAAGACACACCUGGAGACACGUCUGUGGAGGGCCAGAUCACGAUGGCCCGCGAGCUGCCCGUCAGCUCCGGCUCGACAGACUACUCGCUCACCGAGUCGGACGACGUGCCUCUCUCCGACGAUGACGACAAGCCUGGCAGCACACCAACCGCGACUGAGGCACCGACAACCGAUUCUCUCCCGCCUGCAUCACCGGAGGACGCUGAGCGCCUGAGAAACGUCUUGGAGUCGGACGACAAGACGACGCCAAGCCCGAAACCUGAGGAGGCGCUGUCGACCGGCGAACGGCUCAAGCAGCAGUUCAUCCGCUACGACGUCCUCCCAACGUUACUGGACCUCUUCUUUGAGCACUCGAACAACAAUUUCCUGCACCACCUUGUCUACGACAUCUUGCAGCAAAUCCUCAACGGGCAGCUGGGCAAUGGUUACAACCGUGAGCUCGUGGUUGACCUCUUCGGCCGCACCAAGCUAGUCACCAGGGUACUCGAUGCCCAGCGCCUGAACGACGAGCAGGUCAACGCCAAGCCGCCUAAGCCGCGUCUCUCGUACAUGGGUCACAUCAGUUUGAUAGCCGAGGAGCUCGUCAAGUUCUUCGCCAGGUGCCCGACUGACCUGUACGAGAUCAUUCGCCCGUCAUACUCGCCAGCUGCGUGGGACGCGUUCGUCGAGGGCUCGUUACGCGAGACCCGUGCACGCGAUACGCAGCCGUUAGCUGGUGGCAAGCCGAUGACAGGGCUUGGCAGCGGACUGUCGACUAAUUCUGAGCGCUCGGACAGCGACAGCGAGAGUGACGAUGACCUUGGCCACGCCGGCAUUGGCGAGCCCUUGUCGCGCACGGUGGCGAAGCAGGCGGUCGACUCGUUCCACGACGCGCAUGGCGACGACGACGGGACGAUGGAGCAGUUCUGGAGGCCUAGUAACGCGAGGUCGGCUGGCAUGGACUCGUCCGACGACGACGACGACGAUGCCGAUUGGUUGCGGCCUAGUGCCAGCACGCGUCGUGACGACGACGACUUUGGUGCUUUCCAAGCAACGAGUGACUUUGACGACGACGACGCGUGGGGCACGUUCACCUCGGUGGGCAAUAGCGGCAAGGCGAGCGAGAAUCCGUUCGGAGACGACGCGUUCGCGCCGUCAUCUACUUCCUUUCAAUCCCCCGAGCCAUUAACCCCGCGCGAUUGGGCCGAGGCGUUUGACCGCGAGUUUGAGACGCAGCCUGCUUGGGCUGAGGAUGCUGAGGAAGUGACGGCGAUCGUGAUGCCGGCGGACGACGACGCUGGCACGCCGACAAGCUCGUGGUCCUUCCCAGGCGACGAGAGCGACGACCAGGGAGAGGACUUACCGCCCGCGAGCACAGAGUCGACCACGGCGCUGCGGGCGGCUAAGGAGGCUGGCAUCGAGCGUGCGAAGGCGCAGGCUGAGCUCGCAGCGGUUGAGCAGCACACCGAGGCUCUCACGCUGCAUGUGGAGAGGGAGGGUGGGCACAUGUCUCCUGAGGAGAAGGAGCUCGCCAGCCUUGGCACAGCCAACGAACCUCUUGGGCCCGGCACAGCGCCUGGCACGCAGCUGCGCGCGGACGGGCUCGUUCAGCGGACGAUGCCGGAUGGCUCGGUGGUGUGCGUCCCCGAGGACGAUAUUGCGCGUGGGAUUGACGAGGCGAUGGUUCACCGCGUCGACGAGGUCGAGAAGGACGCCGUGCCCAAGAAGUAG